AUACGGAGGCGGAUAGGUGUGGAGGGAGUAGGAGUGGUGAGGAUGGUAAUGCCGGCCCGUGGCUCUCCCUUCUUCCUGCUGCUACUGCUUCUCUGUAGGCUGUGUGUCUCAGGGGCACAGCCCUGCUUCCUCUUCUCGUCAUGAGCCUUGCAGCAAGGGUCUCCUGCUCUGUGCUCAACUGCUUUGGUGAAGAAGGACCCCCCAGUCUGGAGUAUAUCCAGGCCAAGGACUUGUUCCCUCCGAAAGAGCUGGUCAAGGAGGACGACAGCCUCCAGGUGCCGUUCCCAGCUCUGCAGGGGGAAGGGGUGGAGUAUCUAGGCCGAGCCGAUGACACCAUCAUCGCCAUCUCCAACUACAGGCUCCACAUCAAGUUUAAGGACUCCAUUAUAAAUACCUAUCAAGGUGUGGACAAUCAUAUUUCUGUGCCUCUGAGGCUCAUAGAGAGUGUGGAGAGCAGAGACAUGUUCCAACUGCACAUCAUCUGCAAGGACUCCAAAGUCGUCAGAUGCCAUUUCUCGACAUUCAAGCAGUGCCAGGAGUGGCUGAAGCGUUUGAACCGGGCCGUAGCCCACCCUGGCAGGCUGGAGGAUCUGUUUGCCUUGGCCUACCACGCCUGGUGUCUGGGGGGCAGCGCAGACGAUGAGGACCAGCACCUACACCUCUGUAGACCAGGUGAUCAUGUCCGUCAGAGGCAGGAGAUAGAGGUGAGGAGGAUGGGCUUCGACAUGCAAAACGCCUGGAGAGUGUCCGACAUCAACCUCAACUACAAGUUGUGCUCCAGCUACCCCCAGAAGCUGAUGGUGCCAGUGUGGAUCACAGACAAGGAGCUGGAGAGUGUCGGCUCCUUCAGGUCCUCCAAGAGGAUCCCUGUGGUGGUCUACAGGCACCAGAGGAACGGGGCAGUGAUCGCCCGUUGCAGCCAGCCAGAGAUCAGCUGGUGGGGCUGGAGAAACACAGAGGAUGAAUACUUGGUCACCUCCAUCGCCAAGGCCUGUCUGAUGGACCCAGGGGCCAGGGUCACCUGUGGGGCCGCAGCCUGCAGCCGGCCCCGAGGGGAAGGCCCAGACAGCUCCGACGGAGACUUUGACUCCUCUCUGACAGGAUGUUCAGGCCCUGAUGCCAACGCUGCGCCACAGAAGCUUCUCAUUCUCGACGCCCGCUCCUAUACCGCUGCAGUGGCCAACCGCGCCAAGGGAGGUGGCUGCGAGUGUGAAGAGUACUACCCUAACUGUGAGGUGAUGUUCAUGGGCAUGGCCAACAUCCACUCCAUUAGGAACAGCUUCCAGUCCCUCCGAACAGUCUGUAGCCAGAUCCCUGACCCUGGGAACUGGCUUUCUGCUCUGGAGAGCACCCGUUGGCUGCAGCACCUAUCCGUCAUGCUAAAGGCUGCCACUCUAGUGUGCUCUGCGGUGGAAAGGGAGGGACGUCCUGUCCUGGUGCAUUGUUCAGACGGGUGGGACCGCACCCCACAGAUUGUGGCUCUUGCCAAGAUCUUGCUGGACCCCUUCUAUAGGACACUAGAGGGUUUCCAGGUACUGGUGGAGACAGAGUGGUUGGACUACGGUCAUAAGUUUGGCGAUCGCUGCGGUCACCAGGAGAGUGCUGAGGAUGUGAGUGAGCAGUGUCCUGUCUUCCUACAGUGGCUAGACUGUGUUCACCAGCUGCUCAAACAGUUCCCCUGCUUCUUCGAGUUCAACGAGGCAUUCUUGGUCAAGCUGGUUCAGCACACAUACUCGUGCCUGUACGGGACGUUCCUGUGUAACAACGUGCGGGAGAGAGAGGCCCGCAACAUCUACAAACGCACCUGCUCCAUCUGGUCUCUGCUCCGCACCGGCAACAAGAACUUCCAGAACUUCCUUUAUAUUCCCUGUCAUGAGAUGGUGCUGCAGCCGGUGUGCCACACCCGGGCCCUGCAGCUGUGGACGGCCGUCUACCUGCCCACCUCCUCCCCCUGCACCGCUGCAGAGGACGCCAUGGAGCUCUGCGCACAGGGAGAUGAGCUCACCUCACAAUCUCUCGACAGGCUUCCUAAGUCUCGCUCCAUGGACAACCUGGUGUCGGCCUGUGAGAACGGGAUGGCCCUCACACGCACCUCCAGCGACCCCAACCUCAACAAGCACUGCCAGGAGGGCCGUACUGCCCAUGGCUUGGAGCCUAUGGCUGCUAUAGGAGGAGGGGCCGAACCCGAUAGCCCCGAGGACGUCAGCCCUGACACGGGAUUGGACAACAAUGACUCGGAGGUGGAGCCUGUCACUCAGACUCCUCCUACCACACCCCUGGAGAUGGAGCCAAGGGAAGAGGGCUUUGAGGAGGAGGAGUUGAGAGAGGAGAUUUGUCUGACGACACAACCUCUGCCCUCCCUGCCCCUCCCCCCCGUCACUCUGGAGAAGGGCUUCCCCCACCCCACCCCUCUCCCCCUGCCCACACCCAGUCUCCUCCAUUCCCUCCCCCAGACCACCAGCCCCCAUUGCCCUCCACCUCCCUUGCCACAACAGGCGGCUAACAGCCGCUACAGGACUGCUGAGGGCACUACCCACCCUGCCCGGGCAGCAGAAGCAUGCCUACCUUCCCCACCUGUGGAAGGGCCACUACCGGCAGCUGUUCUGAAUGGGCCUAUCACCUAUCACCAACUCCAGAACAGCCACUCAGUGUCUGCAGAGCUGCCGGCCCUCGAGCAGCUAGUUCCUCUAUUCUCUAUGGCCAUGAAAGACUCCACAGAGACCCUCACGGACAAAGCAGAGGCCCCACCAACACUGCCCCACAGCAGGAGAGAAAGUCUGGGCCAGACCCGGGCCCCAGAGUGGGCCUUACCCCAGGCCCAGACCCAGUCCCAGGCCCAGGGAGCGGAGAGAGAAGGGAAGAGGACAGAGGUUGUAAGUGGUAGAGAGCUGGUGCCUCUGAGAGAAUGUGUAGUAGCAGUACCAACAGUAGCAAUGGCCUCCACAUCUACAGUGCCCCCUGUUGACAACAACCAGGUAGUGGCGGUGCGACACCCGGUCUCCCAGAGCCAACUGAGUGUCAGUGAGGAGCUGUCUCUCCUGGGCUCCCACUGGGAGAGUGUCCAGGGCCUGGUCCAGUCUGGCCUCCCAGCCAAUCUCUCCUCAGGUCUCUGUCGGGCCCUCCAGCCCACCGCCUACCAGAGUCGACGCCUGGCUGGCAAGCUGCUCCGUGCCCAGGGCAUGGCCGUGUCCAACGGGUUGCCUAACGGGGGUUCGCAGUGCUGCCGCAGGGAGAAGGAGGAAAGGGUCCGUGGCCCGGCCCCAGCCAGCUCCAGCCCAGUCCAGUCAGGGUCAGGCUGGCUCUCUGCAGUCAGAAGCAGCUCAGGCUAUGCUGCCAUCUGCAGUCAAACCAGCACCAGCACUCCACCCACCUCUUCAACCCGCCAGUUCUUACCAGCCUCUCCCUUCUCCCCGCCCUCCCAGCCCUCCCCGGCCUACCUGGAUGAUGACGGGCUACCGGUGCCCAUGGACGCGGUGCAGCAGCGUCUCAGGCAGAUCGAGGCGGGAUAUAAACAGGAAGUGGAAGUGCUGAGGAGACAGGUGCGCCAGCUGCAGAUGAGGCUGGAGAGACAGUACGGCAUGCCGCCCUCUGAGCCCGACGUCGACUACGAGGACGACGUUGCGUGUUUGCGUGAGUCAGACGACAGUGACGAGGAGGAAAGUCUGUCGGAUCACAGCGAGGACUGUUUCUCAGAGGGCAGCUGGGACAGAGUGGAGCAGAAGGACACAGAGGUCACCAGGUGGGUGCCCGAUCACAUGGCCUCCCAUUGUUUCAACUGCGACUGUGAGUUCUGGAUGGCCAAGCGGCGACAUCACUGCAGGAACUGUGGCAAUGUGUUCUGUAAAGACUGCUGCCACCUGAAGCUGCCCAUCCCAGACCAGCAGCUGUACGACCCUGUCUUAGUGUGUAACGUCUGCUAUGACCUGCUGCUGGAGGCUAGGAACAGAGAGAUCUGCAGCCAGCAGCUCAAGAAGCCCAUCGCCACAGCCUCCAGCUGAGAGACAGGAGAGAGAGCCCCUUACUGAGUGUCCCAGUCCUGGCUCAGUCUGGCCUGGCCUAGUUCAGUUUGGCCCGGUUAGGACCUGGAUCAGCACCUUCUUGGAUCAGCUUGAGCCAUGUGCCCUGCUCCUUACUACCCUAACAUGGUCUGGUCUUGGCUGUGUGGGAAGAUGAGGAGGACUUGUGGUUGCUCUGUGGCAGGGAGGCAAAGCUUGAGAAUGGAGAGAGGCCACUGACCACUGGGGAUGAGAGACUGACUGAGGAGUGGAAGAAGAUAGGGGAUGACAGUGAAUUAACUGAGUGAGGGAGAUGGAUGAGGAAGAGUUGUUAUGGAGGCUAUCCCACUGAGUUGAACCCCUUUUGGUCUAACACAUUUCCAGCCUGGAAGGAAGGCUGCAGCAUCCUGCUGUCCUGCCCUGGGGCUAUUGUUCUCCACUGGUGCCUCAGAUACCCCCUGAUGCCCCAUGCCACCCCCCUGCUCCUGUAGCUCCAUCUCAAACCUACCUGAAUAUCCACCCCCAUUCUAGAGCAUCCCUCUCACACACACCAACCAACCACCCCAUAAUGUGCCUCCUCGCCCGAAACACACACACACACACACACACACACACACCUACUCGCCUCCAAGGACAAUCUCUCGCCCUCCCAAGUGUUGGGGACUCCAAAGCCUUUACCUGUUAAAUGGAGGCUGAUGACAACUUUAACAAGAAAAAGAAAAAAUGCUGCUACAGUAUUUAAGUCUAAUUUUGUAUUCUUAUUCUUUUGUGCACUGCAAGCUGUUUGUGUAUUUAAGGGAAUUUGAGACCAAACUCGAGCGAAAGGGAGAAAUCUGCUGUUUUACUUGCUGUUGUAUCUUUUUGUGGAGCUUGAAUGUAAAUGUUAGAAAUGAAAUGGACAAGUGUGUUGGAGUAACUGGAAGACUGGCGGUAAUAUUUGAUUAGGCGGUAACACUUGACACCCAGCAUCACAAAACGUUAUGACGUGGUCAUAACCAUUUCAUAUGUCAUAACAGCUGACAUAAUAUAAUAUGGUCAUAACACUCAUGACACAUAUUUAGACUUGUUGUGACAUAUAUUGUAUUAUUUUAUGGCUGGUUAUGACACCUACAUAAGAGUAAAAACACACAAAACCUACCACAGUAGUUAUUUUAUGGCUGGUUAUGACACCUACAUAAGAGUAAAAACACACAAAACCUAACACAGUAGUUAUUUUAUGGCUGGUUAUGACACCUACAUAAGAGUAAAAACACACAAAACCUAACACAGUAGUUAUUUUAUGGCUGGUUAUGACACCUACAUAAGAGUAAAAACACACAAAACCUACCACAGUAGUUAUUUUAUGGCUGGUUAUGACACCUACAUAAGAGUAAAAACACACAAAACCUACCACAGUAGUUAUUUUAUGGCUGGUUGUGAUGUUAUGUAUAUUUUUUUAAGUUGACCAUAUUUAAUGAACAUUGUAAUUUCGCACACAUUGAUGUCAGACAUGCACCUAACCCAAUGCUGAUGACUGGAUGAAUGCAGGAGAAGAUUUCAGGAGCAGGACAAAGACACCCUCUUUUUGACUGAUUUAAAGGGGAUGUAAAAUGAGCCUAUCUGGCUUAUAUGAUUAUGAUGGUCAUAAUGCUUCUUGACAGUGUCAUAAAGUGUAUUUUCUCAGUCCAAGUAAAGUGACACAGGGUGGCCAUAAUGCUUCAUGACAGUGAUGAUGAUGAAAAAUAACACGACUGUAAAGAAUCAAUUACAACAACAAAGGUUUCAAGAAACAAACAUUCAAACGAAAGGAAACAUCUUGUCAGGGAAAAAAGUAUUACAUUUUUAUUUUGUUGAGUUGUGACACUUAUGUAGGUGUCAUAACCAGUCAUCAAAUAACGAAACAGAUGUCACAACAGGUGUAAAUAUAUGGGUCAUGACAGUGUUAUGACCAUGUUAUGACAAGUGUUACCAUUUAUGUUAAUGCACAUUAGGUGGGUUGUGUACUUUUUCAUUCCUGCAUUGUGUUAUUUAAAAAUAAUAAUAAUAUGCACAGUUAAUGUGGUUCUGCCUUCAUCAAUGCUAUUCUCAAGUCCUGUCACAACUGUUUUAACAUUAGAGGUACCCCACUAUUUGUAUCGAGAAAGGUUUAUAACAGAUAAAUAAUUGUCAUUCGGACAUGCACCUGAUCAGAGGAGUCUUAAAAAAUGAUAAUAGAAUGGCUAACCAUCCAGACAAGGAAAGUUGUUUCCACGUUUCCAAAUAGAGGGUUUUAUGCAAUGUUGUCAUAGAGUAUGACUUGAAAGAUCACUAGAAAGUACUUGAUGGCUGUUAGCUGAUGGGAGAGGGAGGGAGGGAGGGAUGGAUGGAGGGGUUUUGAAUAAUGGAGUAUACAGUACCAGUCAAGUUUGGACAUACCUACUCAUUCAAUGUUUUUUCUUUAUUUUUACUAUUUUCUAUAUUGUAGAAUAAUAGUGAAGACAUCAAAACUAUUAAAUAACACAUAUGGAAGGAAUCAUGUUGUAUCCAAAAAAGUUUUAAACAAAUCCAAAUAUCUUUAUAUUUGAUUCUUCAAAGUAGCCACCUUUUGAUUUGAUGACAGCUUUGCACACUCUUGGCAUUCUCUCAACCAGCUUCACCUGGAAUUAUUUUCCAACAAUCUUGAAUGAGUUCCCAAAUAUGCUGAGCACUUGUUUGCUGCUUUUCCUUCACUCUGUGGUCCUACUCAUAGUAAAACCAUCUCCAUUGGGUUGAGGCUGGGUGAUUGUGGAGGCCAGGUCAUCUGACGCAGCACUCCAUCACUCUCCUUCUUGGUCAAAUAGCCCUUACACAUCCUUCAGGUGUGUUGGGUCAUUGUCCUGUUGAAAAACAAAUGAUAGUCCCACUAAGCGCAAACCAGAUGGGAUGGCUUAUCGCUGCAGAAUGCUGUGGUAGCCAUGCUGGUUAAGUGUGCCUUGAACUCUAAAUAAAUCACAGACAGUGUCACCAACAAAGCACCCCGACACACCUCCUCCUCCAUGCUUCAUGGUGGGAACCACACAUGCGGAGAUCAUCCGUUCACCUUCUCUGCGUCUCACAAAGACACGGCGGUUGGAACCCAAAAUCUCAAAUUUAGACUCAUCAGACCGAAGGACAGAUUUCCACCGUUCUAAUGUCCAUUGCUCGUGAUUCUAGGCCCAAGCAAGUCUCUUCUUCUUAUUGGUAUCAUUUAGUAGUGGUUUCUUUGCAGAAAUUCGACCACGAAGGCCUGAUUCAACAGUUGAUGUUGUGAUGUGUUUGUUACUUUAACUAUUUAUUUGGGCUGCAAUUUCUGAGGCUGGUAACUCUAAUGAACUUCUCCUCUGCAGCAGAUGUAACUCUUGGUGUUCCUUUCCUGUGGUGGCCUCAUGAGAGCCAGUUUCAUCAUUAGCGCUUGAUGGUUUUUGCAACUGCACUUGAAGAAAUUUUCCGCAAUGACUGACCUUCAUGUCUUAAAGCAAUGAUGGACUGUCAUAUCUCUUUGCUUAUUUGAGCUGUUCUUGUCAUGGGGCGGCAGGGUAGCCUAGUGGUUAGAGUGUUGGACUAGUAACCGAAAGGUUGCAAGUUCAAAUCCCCAAGCUGACAAGGUUGUUCUGCCCCUGUUCCUAGGCCGUCAUUGAAAAUAAGAAUUUGUUCUUAACUGACUUGCCUAGUAAAAUAUGGACUUGGUCUUUUACCAAAUAGGGCUAUCUUUAUCUUUAUCAUAGGGCUAUCUAUAUCAUGUCACAACACAACUGAUUGGCUCAAACACAUUAAGAAGGAAAGAAAUUCCACAAAUUAACUUUUAACAAGGCACACCUGUUAAUUGAAAUGCAUUCCUGACUACCUCAUGAAGCUGGUUGAGAGAAUGCCAAGAGUGUUCAAAGCUGUCAUCGAGGCAAAAGGGUGGCUACUUUGAAUAAUCUCAAAUAUAAAAUAUAUUAUGAUUUGUUUAACACUUUUUGGGUGACUACAUGAGUCCAUAUGUGUUAUUUCAUAGUUUUGAUCUUCACUACUAUUCUGCAAUAUAGAAAAUAGUCCAAAUAAAGAAAAACCCUGGAAUGAGUAGCUGUGUCCAAACGUUUGACAGGUACUGUAUUUCUACAGUGAUGUUUGAGAGGGGCUUGUUGAUGUACAGUAACAUUGUCCUGUUGCGAUUGACUGCUCAACCCUCGUCUUUUGAUUGAUUGUUUGAUCAAUCGUUCGAUCAUUGUCCUUGUCAGGUUCCUGUCUCAGAAUGUAGUACCUGGCAUUAAAAAGACUCCAGAGAAAGUACUAAAAUGCUAUUUCUUUAUUUCCUGUGCUUACAGUAGGCGAGUUUGGCCUUGUAUCUAAACUGAGUUUGUCAUGUUUCCAAAAUGAACUGAAACUGUUGUGGAACGUAGCUAAAUCAGUUUGGACGCCUUGCCGGAGUUUGGCUGUGGUUCCAACAAAUUGUUCUAUUGCAAAAAGCUCUGUGUUUGUUUCGUCUAAUGAGCUUUCCUUGACACAAUAGUACCAUAUUUACUUUAUUUUGUCAUUUUUAUUUUUGAAAGCAUUUCUCAAGGAGACGACAGCAGGUUAACUAACUGGCCACUGCUUGGUUUGUUUUAAUGGUACAGAUAGCUGCUUUAACAACAUGGAAACUAUUUAAAUAUCAGAACAGGGACAUGUCCAUUAGAUAAAGAUAAUGAGAUUGAUUUGUUUGUAAAUGAAUGAACUGAAGAUUUAAAGAUUCAACUUAAAUAUUGAGUUUGUAUGGUUGUCAUGGUUAUCCAUUGCAUAAUAACUUUUGGGGUCUUUUCACACGAUGUUGAUUAAGGCAAAACCUUAAGGAGGAGGUUGUGGAACCCAGAUAUGUAAUAUAAUACAUAGUUAUCUGAUUCUGUACUAGUGGCUAAAACCUGUCACUUAGCAAAUAAUUGUGUAAACAAAUUAAAUGCACUGUAAAAGGUCAAGGGUUAAAAUAAAAAAGAUUAUCUAUAUCAUG